AUGAGUCAAUUUAUCUCGAAAACGAUGCAUAUUCCUGGGUAAAUCCCAUAGGUUUAGAGGAGCCAUAUUGUCACAAGUAGAGUGUACGCAUAGAAUUUCACGUAAUCUGCACUCAACAAUGAUUCGUCGAUUGUUGAUUGCCCUGGCAUUUAUUGGCGCAGCGUUUUCCUUUCAAAGGGGUGACCCACAUGUUGCAUGUUAUACGAACGACCAGGAAUCCGAAUUCAUCGAAUGGUGGAAUGAGUGCACAGCUCUGUGCAGCUCGACAACAGCUCCGUAUAACCUGACACGCGUAGUGAUAGAAGGUGCCACGUGUGGCCCCACUGAGCUAUUCAAGUGCCGGGUAGCUACGGAGGACCCCGUACAGGAUAAAGUUGAAUUGUUGGGUGGUCAGGGGGAGUGUGUCUACGAAGGUACCGAACCAACGAAAAGUUGGAUUCAGAAACAGUAUAGCCCAGUCAUCACCUGUUUCGAAGCGACCUCGAUCGACUCAUUCGCUGGUUGGGUGAACGAGUGUACAGUGAACUGCUCUGUAAAAGGUCUCUCUGAGCUUGUCGUGCAAACUGGCAAGCCAUGUGGUAAGAAAAGGAAUCUGUUCGGCCAUAUGAAAGGAAGGUGCAGGACGACUUCUACCGACGAAGGAUCUAUUGGAAGCUGUAGCUGCUAAUGCCAGUAGCAACCGACCCUCUUGAGCGAGAUUUUCGGGACCCAUAACAACUGUUUUCAACGGUUCUUUAUUAUACUAAUGAUUACGUGUACAGCUUCGCUGACGAUAUUUGUCUAUUCACACUUACUCUGACCUAGUAAUAAACUUUGCUAUGGCCA